AGAAGAUAAAGCAACAAGCAAUAUAAUGAUUCCUUAAUGGGGGAGAGAGAGAGAGAGAGAGAGAGAGAGAGAGAUUUAUACAACAUAAACAUAAUACAAAAUGCUUUAUAACUAGGCAAAGGAAAAGAAGAUACCUAACCUUCCCCACCAAUAAGACUCCAAGAACCCAAAUCCCUUGUUCUUGCUAUCUUUCUAUCUAUCUUUCUUUACCCUUAUUUCCAAUUAAUUCACUGAAUGUUUUCCUCCUUCCAUCUUCUUACUGUGUUGAUCCAAUUCUUUCAAUGCCCCCUCAAAAACUCCAUACUCCAAGAAGAACCCACCCUUUAUGGUGGUGUGCAGCUAUCAUUUGCUCUAUCAUUUCCAUAGCGGUAAUCAUCGUCGGAAUCGUCAUCUUCGUCGGAUACUUGAUCAUACAUCCGAGAAUUCCGAUCAUUAGCGUUCUUAAUGCUCACCUAAAUCUCUUCGAAUACGACAUGUCUGGAAUUCUUGUUACUCAAGUAAACAUAAUAAUUAGGUCUGAAAAUGACAACGCCAGAGCUCAUGCUAGCUUUUCAAAGUUGGAAUUGUCUCUUUUUUUUGAUGGGUUAGAGAUAGCGAGACUGAUGGCGGAUCAUUACGAGGUAAGGAAGAAUAGUACGUUGGAUUUCAACUUCUUGGCGACUUCAGAACCCAUACCAUUAAAUCCAGAGCAAAUGAAAGAUGUUGAUGUUUACUUGAAUGAGGAUCUAGUUAGGUUUGAUUUGAAAGGAAGCGUAAGAGCUAGUUGGAGAGUUGCAGUUCUUGGAUCAGCUAAGUUCAGAAGCCGUUUGGACUGUCAACUUAAAUUUCAUAGAUCAAAUGGAACCUAUAUACCAGGUCGAUGCACUUCUAAGUCUAAAUGAUUCUUUCUUUCUCUUUCUCUGCACAGUCUGUGUAGUUUUCUUCUGUUCAUGGAGAUCCAUUUAAGAAUAUAUUUCUCUCA